AUAUUAGUAAUUAAUAAAGAACCUUUUUUAACAUAAGUACAUUUUUAUAUAAAAAAUUGUCUUGUUUUAUUAUAGAAUUGAGUUUAAAUUGCUUGUAGACAUUAAAAUCAUUUUAACCUAUAAAUAGUUUUAAAAGGCAUUAUUAUAUUUUUAAAAAAUUUAAUAAUUCUUUGUGUUUACUUAGUACAUAAUUCAACUGCUUCAGCAGAAAAUAGAGAUUUUUCAAACGAUUUAGUUAAAGAAAAAUAUCAUGAACUUGCGUUUACAAUAACAAAUGUGUUAAAUGCAGAAUUAGUCGAUAUGAUACUUAUAGAACCUGUGAAAGACAUUGUAAUGGAAAUAUUACUUUUAAUAUGUACGAAUAAUGAAGCUGAUAUCAUUUUUAUUACUGGUGACAUCGAAACCAUUGAGAGACAUAAUGUAAAUGAAGCCAUUGAAAAUGUCAUUAGUUACAAUGAACUUCAUGAAAUACAGAAAAAUUUUAUAUCAAGAAUAGAAACAAUAUUAGGAACAAUCACGUGUGAUAGAAUUGUAUGUGGUAUACGAAAUAAGGCAUUAAUCAUUAAUUUGUCCAGUUCCGAAGAUAAAGUCAAACUCUUUGCAGCAAUUGUAGAUAUGCUGGAGAAUACAUUGCGUGCGACACGUAAGAGGAAAUAUUUAAUUCAUGCGCCAUCUGAUUCUGCAUGUUCAUCCAAUAUUGCUUCAAAUGAGAAAAUAGACAAGGAUUUAAACGAAAGUGAUAAAGAACCGUUUCCUAUGAUUUCUUUAGAAGAUGCAUUGAAGAUAUUAGCUGAAGUAACAAACACAAGUAUAGACACAAGAAAUUCUGAAUUAGUAAAAUUAAGUGAUGCUUAUGGGAGAGUACUGAAUGAAGACGUAGUAUCAAACUGUAACAUGCCAUCUUUUAGAAUCUCUACUAAGCAUGGGUAUGCAAUGUUGGCAUCUGAUGGACAAAAAUUGCGAAAAUUGUUGAAUAAAGAAAAAAGUUUAUCUCCGAUUUCGCUUCAAUCCGGAACAUGCGUAUGGGUCGACAGUGGAGCAUCUAUUCCAGAUGAAGCCACAUCGGUUGUGCACGUGAAUGAUACACAGAUGUUAGAAUCUCUAACCACUGACGAUGUGUAUAUUUACAUAAUGGCUAAACCAAGACAUAUGCAAAACAUUAAACCUAUUGGUUACGAUAUAGCAAAAGAACAAGUUGUUGUUAAGAAAUUUACCUGUAUUGGCCCGGAUGAGAUGGCAAUCUUGGCAGCUUCUGGUUGCAAAGAAGUUUCAGUCAUUGAAGAGUUGCGAAUAGGUGUGUUAUCCAUCGGCGAUAACUUGGAAGAACCCGGAGAAGCUUUAAAACCAGGAUAUGUUCACGAUAUAAAUAGAAUAACUUUAAUCUCACUAUUAAGACAUAAUGGUUUUUCUUCAUUAGAUUUAGGAAUCGUGAAUGAUAAAUUUCCAUCUAUAUUUGAAAAAAUCGAGAAAGCUUUAAGAAAAGUAGAUAUACUUGUUACAACAGGCUCUGUUAACGAUAAUGAUUUAUUGAAGACAAUUUUAAAGAAACACUAUGGAGCCAAAAUACAUUUUGGUAAUAUAGAUAUAAAACCAGGGAAAUCAACAGCAUUAGCUACGUGCACGAUCGGUUGCAAGACGAAGUAUUUGUUGUGUUUUUCGGGAAACCCAUUAUCCGCUUUUACUGCCGCACAAGUAUUUCUUUUGCCUUUUGUGAACAAAAUGUGUGGUUAUAAAUUCUCAGCCGCUAUAGCACCAGUUUGUGUAAACACCAGAUGUCUAAAUAAAUCGUUUAUCUCACACAAUCAUCGUCGUAGAUUAGCGUGGACACAUUUACAGAGGCCCGGAGAAGAAGAGUCUCCAAUAGCUUCCAACAUGGACUGCAAUCUCUUCAAAGAUAAAUUAUGUAACAUUAUAGGUUCAAACACACUUUUAUUAUUACCAAAAGCUUCAGAGAAUUGCAAAUUAAUGACUGAAGGCUGCGAUGAAUUAUCAGGUUUUUUUAUUGAUAAUUAAUUCUUUGAUAAUGUAUUAUAAUGUGUUAACGAAAAAUUCAAAUCUGGAAGAUAGGUGUUAAAUGAUAUGACAUGUUUUAUUUUUAAGACUAUAACUGUAAAAAUAUUAUUAGUUUAAAUGAUUGUAUGUUUCAUACUUCUUAUACAACACCGAUUGUUACGAAAAAGUUUCAGAAAGAUUUUAAUUUUAUGCAUUUUAUGCAUUCUGAGAUUAUUCUACAAAAUUGUAUUUUAAUUUUCGUCAAUAAUCAUACUAAUGAAUUUCAUAAUAUAGUAUAGUAGUACAACAUAUAGCAUUAAGUAGGAAAUAGCAUUUACUUUAGUUAUACAUUUUUAUUUAGAAAAGUUUAUUCUGUGUUCAUUUUUUUUAAAAGAAGAAUUGUUGAAUGUUAUCUUAAUAUGGACUUUAAACUUUUAUUUUAUGUAGUCGGAUAGUACAAAAACGUUACGCAAAUAAAAUAUCAUUGUCUUAUAUAUGUA